AUCAGCGAUCAAUCAUGGCAGGAAUCCAAUCUCAGCUCGACUCAGGAGCAGUCCCCGGUCACAUUUCCAAUGUCUGUCCUCAAGGCACAAAACUCUGGCUCCUUGAAUGCGGAUGGUUGGCCUGUGAUGAAGGUUUUGUCAUACGUGGUGCCAACACCUCUCUCGCUUCUACGGCUGGUCAAUCUUUCGAGAACAAGCGUCGCAAUCUCCCAGUAUACUGCUGCUUGAUCUCUCAUCCACACGAAGGACUUAUUCUCUGGGAAACUGGCUGUGGAAAGGACUAUCCGGAUAUCUGGGGCCCGCAGGUGCACGACGUGUUCAGUAGGGUCAAGUACGAGGAGAGGCAUGAGCUCAGAAACGCCAUCGCGGCCACUGGAAACAAGAUUGAAGACGUCAAGAAAGUAAUCAUUGGCCAUCUGCAUCUUGAUCAUGCUGGAGGUCUUGAUGAGUUCUUCGGCCGUACAGAUGUUGAGGUUUGGGUGCACGAUAAGGAGUUGAAGAGUGCGUUCUGGAGCGUGGCUACUGGAGCAGAUGCCGGUACGUUCGAUGAUCGGACCAUUGACUUCUGUCAGGGAAUCACUCUACACCAUUUGCCUGGACACACCGAUGGUUUGAUUGGUAUGCAGAUCAACUUGCCCGAUAGCGGAACUUUCUUCUUCAUUUCCGAUCACUGCCAUGUUAUUGAGAAUAGCACACAGCGUCUGAAGCGUCUUGAGCGCACGACUCGAGGCAGAGUGAUUCCUGGGCAUGAUGAAGAGACGUUCCUCGCAUUGCAGAAGGANAAAGACGUGUUCACC